AAGGAGGAGGAGGUAGAGUACAUCGACUACAAGACACCUCAGGAACCAAUUACUGGCGAGCUCGACGUCGACCAAACAGAUCUUUACAUAGAGGCUCUACGACGCUAUCCCAAUGACGAAUCGAUCGACCAAGCCGAUGAGAAGAGACUGAAGCGCAAGCUAGACACACGUAUACUGCCGCUGCUAGGUAUAUGUUACUUCUUCUACCUGACUGGCGAGGAAUACUCAUGGUUGUCGAGUAUAUUCUACUUUGGCUGGCUAGUCUGGGCCAUACCUUCCAAUCUCAUUAUGCAAAGAUGCCGCCCUGGAUGGUACUUGUCCUUCAACAUCUUCAUGUGGGGAGCAUUGCUCAUGUGUCAGGCUGCUGCGAACAACUUCCCAGCUUUGGCAGCAUUGCGCAUCUUAUCUGGCGCCUUUGAGGCGAUCGCCGAUCCGGCUUUCAUGCUCAUUACGUCCAUGUACUAUACUCGUGAGGAGCAGCCCUCUCGAAUCGCAGCAUGGUAUGUGUGGAACGGUGUGGGUGUUGCCGGUGGCGGUUUGAUUGGAUACGGAAUUGGCAACAUCAAUAGUGCCCUCGCCUCCUGGCGCUAUGAAUUCUUGGUCGUCGGCGCCUUCUGCUCAGCAUGGGCAAUUGUUCUCUGUCUGCUUCUCCCCAACUCACCUACGACCUUCAAAGGCUUUUCCCGUGAUGAGAAGCUAAUCAUGAUCGCACGCAUGCGCCGCAACCAGACUGGUGUUGAACAGAAGCGUAUCAACUGGGAUCAGAUCAAGGAGGCGUACCUCGACUACAAGACAUGGCUAUUCACUCUGCUUGGGUUUACUGCCAACAUACCUAACGGUGGGAUUUCUAAUUUUAGUACACUGGUCAUCAAGGGUCUAGGGUUCAACACUCUGCACACAGCACUGCUUGGUAUCCCGCAGGGAGCUCUGGUAGUCUUCUGGAUUGGUCUUGGAGCCAUGGCAAACAGAUAUCUGCCUAAGAACAGUCGUACUAUCGUGUGUGCGCUCUUCAUGCUACCUACCAUUGCCGGUGCCCUUGGCUUCUUAUUGGCACCCGAUACUGCUUAUNNCUACUUGACGGGCUCGUAUCAGGCCUCAUUCGUACUGUCUCUAUCAUUGGUCACCAGUAAUACCGGCGGUCAGUCGAAGAAGAUGAUAGUAUCUGGAAUGAUCUGGUUCGGCGCAUGUGUUGGAAACAUCGCUAGCCCGUUCUUCUACAGACAAGAGCAGGCACCUUCAUACCCUCUGGGUAUCGGCUCCCUGUUGGCGGCAAACUGUAUCGAAGUCUUGCUAUUUGGAGCGCUGAGAUAUGCUUUCAUCUGGGAGAACAAGCGCAAGGAGAAGAUCAGACUCCGCAUGUGCGAGAGUGGUGAAGCUGCUGAGCUGAAUGACACGGCCUUCAGCAAUUUGACGGACAAGCAGAAUCCUAACUUCGAGUAUGUGUAU